AUGGCCGACUUCAAAGAGACUCACCAGGAGCCCGAACGUGGCCGUACCAGUUCCAUCGCCCUCAGGACAACCGAUGAUGUCAACCGCAUCGAAGCCCCCGUUACGUGGAAGGCGUAUCUGAUGUGUGCCUUUGCUUCAUUUGGCGGCAUCUUCUUUGGCUACGACUCUGGAUACAUCAAUGGCGUUCUCGGGUCCGAGAUAUUCAUCCGCGCAGUGGAGGGUCCCACUGCCGAUGCUCUCACCUCUUCGCAUCAAUCGCUCAUCGUCUCAAUCCUGUCGGCAGGCACAUUCUUCGGUGCGCUCAUUGGUGGUGACACGGCCGACUUUAUCGGUCGCAAAUGGACCGUCAUCUUGGGCUGCUUCAUCUACAUGAUCGGUGUCGUCAUCCAAAUGAUUACGGGAGAGGGCGAUGCGCUGGCCGCCAUUGUUGCUGGACGUAUUGUUGCUGGCGUCGGUGUCGGUUUUGAGAGCGCUAUCGUGAUCCUGUAUAUGAGCGAGAUUUGCCCGAGGAAAGUCAGAGGUGCUCUUGUGGCAGGAUAUCAGUUCUGCAUUACCAUCGGCAUCAUGCUGGCAUCGAUAGUCGUGUAUGCAACGGAAGACCGUCAAGACACCGGAUCAUAUAGGAUCCCUAUUGCCAUUCAGUUCGCCUGGGCAAUUAUUUUGGCUGGAGGGCUGUUCACACUCCCGGAUUCGCCUCGCUACUUUGUGAAGAAGGGGCGACUCGAAGAUGCUGCCAUCGCGUUGUCGAAGCUGCGAGGCCAGCCCCGCGAGUCUGAAUACGUGCAGGUCGAGCUGGCUGAGAUUGUCGCGAACGAGGAGUACGAGAGAGCCGUCAUUCCCGACAGCGGCUGGUUCUCCGGCUGGGCGAACUGCUUCCGGGGUAGUCUGUGGGUGCAAAAGUCGAACUUACGACGGACCAUCCUGGGGACUUCGUUGCAGAUGAUGCAGCAAUGGACCGGUGUUAACUUUAUCUUCUACUACUCAACACCCUUCCUCCAGUCCACGGGCGCCAUCGAGAACACCUUCCUCAUUUCACUCAUCUUCACUCUGGUCAACGUCUGCAGCACACCCCUCUCGUUUUGGACUGUUGAGAGAUUCGGCCGCAGGCCACUCCUCGUGUGGGGUGCCUUGGGCAUGUUGAUCUGCCAGUUCUUAGUCGCCAUCAUUGGUGUCUCGGUCGGGUUCAACCACACUCAUCCCGAUCCCUCCGAUCCCGAGACCAGCCUUGCCGACAACAUCCCCGCCGUGAAUGCCCAGAUUGCUUUUAUCGCCAUCUUCAUCUUCUUUUUCGCGUCGACCUGGGGUCCCGGAGCAUGGAUUGUCAUUGGCGAGAUCUUCCCCUUGCCCAUCAGGUCGCGUGGCGUUGGCCUGUCGACUGCCUCUAACUGGCUGUGGAAUACUAUCAUCGCCGUCAUCACGCCAUACAUGGUCGGCGAAGACCACGGCGACUUGAAGUCCUCGGUCUUCUUCGUCUGGGGAGGCCUCUGCACGGCCGCGUUCGUUUAUGCUUGGUUCUUGGUGCCCGAAACCAAGGGCCUCACGCUCGAGCAGGUCGACAAGAUGAUGGAGGAGACCACCCCGCGCACUUCGGCUAAGUGGAGGCCGACGACUACCUUUGCACAUAGCAUGGCCAAGGAUGGCGUGUUGGAGAAGGAAAUCGUCGAGUCUAACGCGAGACGUGGAUCCGCCUUUUAG